AUGUCAGCAGACAAGCUUGAGAAGAUCAAGUCCCAGGUUGAGUUUUAUUUCAGCGAUGCAAACUUCAGAGUAGACAAGUUUCUCAAGGAGCAGUCCUUGGUGAACAACGGGUACAUUCCAAUAAAGACGGUUGUCUCGUUUAACAGGCUCAAGGGCCUUGGGGCGACUGUCGACGAUGUCAAAGAGGCUCUGAAGGACAGCAGGGUUGUCGAGAUUAAGGAUGAUAUGGUGAAGAAGGUGGAAACUGAGGAGUACCUGUCAUAUCUUAUGGAGAAGGAUAUAAGCAAGAGGGUGGUCUACAUCAGUGGAUUUGACAGGAACUCGACGCUUGAGGACAUAAAGGAGAUGGUGUCGCCGCACAUCACUCCUGUUCUGAUCAGAAUGCGAAGAGACAAGGAAAAGAACUUCAGUGGGAGUGUGUUUGCAGAGAUGAAGUCGGAAGAGGAGGCCCAGAGGGCUCUGUCGGAGAAGAUUCCAGUAAAGAAGCAGGAGGACGAUGAGGAGAAGGUCAAGAAGCAGAAAGGCGAGGAGAGGUAUCUUGUUAUUAUGGCAAAGGAUGAGUAUCUUAGGGAGAAGGAGAAGAUGUCUGCAGAAAGGAAGGAGAAGGAGGCCAGAGAGGCUCUUGAGAAAGAGUUUGUGCCUCGGCUGUUCAGAUACGAGUCUGAAGACGAUCUUGAUAUCAAAACAGUAAAGAGCCUGGUCAAGAACAGCGCCUUUGUGGACACAAAACAGAAGGUAAUAAGGAUGAAGCAUGCAGAAGACAUCAAGGAAAAGAAGUUUGAGGAGGAGGGGAAAAGCUUAACCCUCAUCAAGAUGGAGGAGAGCGAGGCCCUGGAGUACUGCAAGGGCAUCAAGAUUGCCCCAAAGGGACCAAAGGCUGGCAAGAAAUAA